CUUCAGACCGAAAAGCCACACCUAAAAUCCAUAUAAAUGCAAGAAUUAGGGUUUCCGUCAGUCGUCUUCGUCUCCAGCUCAAGUCUUUCGCGAAACCUCUGCAGCCGGCAAAAAUGGUGAAAGGAAGACAGGGAGAGAGAGUGAGAUUAUAUGUUCGUGGAACCAUCCUCGGCUACAAAAGGUCGAAGUCGAAUCAGUAUCCCAACACGUCGCUGAUACAGAUUGAGGGAGUGAACACACAGGAGGAAGUAGCGUGGUACCGCGGGAAGAAAAUGGCGUACAUAUACAAGGCCAAGGUGAAGCAGAACGGCUCCCACUACCGUUGCAUUUGGGGCAAGGUCACGCGCCCCCAUGGCAACAGCGGCGUCGUUCGCGCCAAGUUCAAGUCCAACCUUCCGCCCAAAUCCAUGGGAGCUAGGGUAAGAGUGAUGAUGUACCCAAGCAACAUUUGAGUGGUUCACAUCGUGUAGAUCACGUUUGGGAGCGUUAGGUGACGACAGCCUCUACUCGUCAGGAUUUUAUUUAUAGUUUUGGAUUUAGGCAUAUUUUCAGUUUAUCCUAUUUUCUGUUCUUUUUGGACCCUGAAUUGAAGAAUCGAUCUGGUUGAGUUGACAAAUUGUUGUGCACUACACAUCUGCCAUUUUCUGUUUUCCUCCUUUAAAUGAUACAUCUGCCAUUUUUGCUUC